AUGGGUAACCUUCACUUCUUUCUCGGUGUUGAGGUCACGUGGUCUGCCAGCGGAUUCCACUUGUCUCAAGCCCAAUAUGCUGAAGAGUUGCUUGAUCGUGCUGGCAUGUCCAAUUGCCGCCCGAUCUCCACGCCAAUCGACGUCAAGCCCAAGCUGUCAACAUCUAGUGGUGAACCUAUUUCUGGUCCAUCGGAGUGCAUGAAGCUCGCUGGAGCUCUUCAAUGGCUAACCCUCACGCGGCCGGACAUUGCUCAUGCCGUGCAGCAAAUCUGCUUGCAUAUGCAUGACCCACGUGAAGGUCACCUGGCUCUCGUCAAGCGUGUUCUUCGCUACAUUCAGGGCACCACUGAUCACGGUCUGCAUCUCCUAGUCUCAAAGUCACUAGACAUCGUCGCCUACUUCGACGCAGAUUGGGCGGGCUGCCCGGACACACGAUGCUCUACGUCAGGUUACUGCAUCUACCUUGGCGAUGCACUUGUAUCCUGGUCCUCCAAGCGCCAGCCUACAGUGUUGUGUUCCAGUACCGAGGCAGAGUACAGGGCUGUCGCCAAUACCGUGUCCGAGUGCUGCUGGCUUCAACAACUCUUGGGUGAGCUAUCUGUUCCUGUAGCCAAGGCUACUCUGGUGUACUGUGACAACAUCUCCUCCGUGUACAUGGCGUCCAAUCCAGUUCACCAUCGGCGGACAAAACAUAUUGAGCUCGACAUUCAUUUUGUUCGAGAGAAGGUGGCCGUCGGCGAUGUCUUAGGAUUCCUCUUCUCGUCUCUGUCCAAAGAGAUCUUGGCGCAGGUUGCCUCUGUCAAGACGGCGGCUGAAGCUUGGAAGGUGAUUGGCGACAUGUUCGCCUCUCACACGCGCGCACCGACGGUCAAUGUCCGUCUGGCACUCGCCACCACCAAGAAGGACAACAUGACGAUCGCCUAG